AUGGCGGCCAGCUGGAGGCUGAUGAAGGAACUCAAAGAGAUCCGCAAAUGUGGAAUGAAAAACUUCCGCAACAUCCAGGUUGAUGAAGCUAAUUUAUUGACUUGGCAAGGGCUUAUCGUUCCUGACAACCCUCCAUAUGAUAAGGGAGCCUUCAGAAUUGAAAUCAACUUUCCAGCAGAGUAUCCAUUCAAACCACCCAAGAUCACACUUAAAACAAAGAUCUACCACCCUAACAUCGAUGAGAAGGGGCAGGUGUGUCUGCCAGUAAUUAGUGCUGAAAACUGGAAGCCAGCCACCAAGACUGACCAAGUAAUCCAGUCCCUCAUAGCACUGGUGAAUGACCCCCAGCCUGAGCACCCACUCCGGGCUGACCUAGCUGAAGAAUACUCUAAGGACCGUAAAAAAUUCUGUAAGAAUGCUGAAGAGUUUACAAAGAAAUAUGGGGAAAAGCGACCUGUGGACUAAAAUCUGCCAUGAGUGAUUCCAGCAAGUUUGAGCAGAGACCCCGAGCAGUGCAUUCAGACACCCCGCAAAGCAGGACUCUGUGGAAAUUGACACGUGCCACCAACUGGCGUCUGCUUGUGGCAGUUAACUAACUUUCUACAGUUUUCUUAAUCAAAAGUGGUCUAGGUAACCUGUAAAGAAGGAUUAAAAAAUUCAGAUGUUC